GACACCUGGGUUCUAGCCCUACCUAGUGAAGUCUUGGCCACCCCUGCCUUGGACGGUUUUCAUGAAGGAACCGGAGUAUUCUAGGUCGUUGAAUCCCCAACAAAUCGGGCAGCCGGGAGGGCUAACGUUACCCCUACCCUUCCACCAAGAAGUCUCGCCUACCUCCCGCCCUAUCAUGGCAUUUUCCGUGCGCAUCUAAUGUUGCAGUUUGCUGUCCCUUCUCCUGGCUAAGUGACACGGCAGCAUACCUAGCUCAUUCAUCAUGACCCAGAGUUAUAUGAUCCCGUGGGUUUAUGACUUCGGGAUAUGGAUUUUCGCGUGUUGUCUAGAUAUUUUCUUCCGUGAAAUUUAUUCCCGGGGAGCAUGGCGGAUCCCUAAGAGCGGCCCGGUGAUCAUAGUCGCCGCGCCGCAUGCCAACCAAUUCGUCGAUUCCGCUGUGUUAAUGCGCAACAUGAGACGCUAUGCUGGACGCCGCACAUCUUUUCUCACGGCGGACAAAACUAUGCGCGACCCAUACAUUGGGAGGAUGACUCGUCUUAUGGGGGCUGUAUCUGUGGUCAGGGCAAUGGACCUUGUCAAGCCUGCUGAGGGCACGAUUUGCCUGCCCCAUCCGGAAAAUGACCCAACUCUGGUCCGCGGGAAAGGAACGAACUUCACCAACGGAGAGUUCAUGGAAGGGGGCUUAAUUGUUUUACCUAGGGUGGGGAGAACGAAUGUCGAACAGCAAGCAAUUGCUGAAAUCCUGGGGCCGCAAGAACUGCGGCUCCGCAGACCAUUCAAAGAUUUUGAUAAGGACCACCCGCUCUACGAUGGAUUGCGCAAUGGGACCCCGUUUAAAGUCGCGCCGUUUGUGGACCAAAGCCAGAUGUUCGAUUCAGUGUAUCGCGAACUUUGCAACGGCGGUUGUGUUGGCAUCUUUCCCGAGGGAGGAAGUCAUGACCGCCCUAAUUUGCUUCCAUUGAAAGCUGGCGUGGCUAUAAUUGCCCUAGGUACUCUAGCACGAGAUCCUGACUGCGGCCUCUCUAUAAUCCCCUGUGGCAUGAAUUACUUCCAUCCAAAUAAAUUCCGGUCCCGUGCUGUUAUAGAGUUUGGUAACCCCGUUCAGGUUCACCCAGAUCAAAUUGAAGCUUUCAAGGCCGGAGGACAGCUCAAACGUAACGCUGUGGGAUCAUUGCUGGAAACAAUUAACGACGCACUUGCUGCUGUCACUCAACUAGCUCCGGAUCAUGACACCCUUAUGGCCAUUCAAGCUACGAGAAGACUAUAUAGGCCUCUACGAAUGAAGCUCCCUUUACCCGUUGUUGUUGAACUUAACCGGAACCUUCUUAAAGGCUAUACGCGGUUUAAGGACGAGCCUAAAGUUCUUCAGUUAAAAAAGGCUGUAUCAGACUACAAUGAUCGGCUGAAGGCAUUAGGUAUUCGGGAUCACCAAGUCGAGUGGGGAGAUGUAGAGCAACGGCCGUGGUGGGUAGUGUUUGGCACUCUGCUUCGGCGUAUCGGUGAAUUUCUCGCACUGGCAGUGGGAACUCUACCGUCAAUUGCUUUAUUCUGGCCGGUUUUCAUCAUUACGAAGAUCGUGUCUGUCAGAAAACAGCGUAAAGCGCUAGCAGUUUCCGUUGUUAAGCUAGAAGCACGCGAUGUUGUCGGAAGUUGGAAGAUUAUUGUGGCGAUGGUGCUAGCACCGGCUUUGUACACCUUUUAUACCGCUAUAGCCACGGUUUGGUUGCGUUAUUGUCGCCACGAUGGGCAUUACUGUUCUGCUGUGUCUUGGUGGAUUAAUCCGAGGAAUUAUAUCCCUGAUAUUAUGCCGUUGUCGCUUUUUUCGAUAUUGUUCUUCGGACUCAUGAUUUUCGUCUCCCUUGCCGGGCUACGCAUUGGCGAGAUAGGCGCUGACGUGCUCAAGUCUCUACCACCACUACUAGUCGCUUUAAAGCCCAGAUCAGCUACUUCAUUGGCUCAGUUGCGAGCUGAGCGUCAAGCGCUGGCUGCUCAAGUUGUUGAGGUAAUUGACACGUUCGGACCUGAAAUCCUACCGGAUUUCGAAUCGGAAAAGCUUGUACAUGAGGGCCCUAAUGGCGAUUCUUAUCUAUCUCGACUAAAGAGCAUGCCCCCUAGCCAUGCAAGUAGCAGGAGCAGGAGCCAAAGCCGCGGCAGUGGAAGGCGGUCCAGCAGCUUUGGUUCCUUUCUCCACGAUACUCUGAUAAAACCGCUGUCUACCAUAUCGAACGAAAAUUUGGUUGAGGUGAACAGGCGGAUCACGGACUCUGAGCAGAAGAAACGUGGACCGUGCUCUAGAAGAGAGGCCGAUUCGGACGAUGAUGAUGUCGUCAUGGUUAACGGUCCUUCCUCCAUUAUGACCGGUGGAGCUGAAGAUAAGAAAUCACGAUGACGACGAUGGUUAGGAUGAUAACAAUGGCUUCAAUCCAAGAGAUCUAUCCGGAAGGGUAUAUGGAUUUCUAAGCCGUAAGAUUCCGUUGGAAUCAAGCAUUGUGCUGACGCUUGUCCACGAAAUAUCAAACAAGCAUACAUAGAACAAGCCUUCGUUAAGAGGGCCACUAAGGGAUGGGACGCUACCGCGAAUAAUGUAUAUAAUUUUAUAUAAUUGUAGAUGCCCGUGGAUGAAAUUUCUAUGGCCAAAGGGUAGAUAUAGUGGCGGAUGUCCUAUAAAUAUAAAGACAUUGUUCAAUUAUCUUUGUACAUCUAUAUCACAGGCGGAAAAUGCUCAGGGGACAAUAGCUGUGGAUGGAUGCCAUCAAGGGGCUCAUGUGACCUCACCCUAACUACCUAGGUAUCACUGGACUUCCACGCAGAAUGUUGC